GGCAUCUGCUGUGUGUCCCGCCCCGGGCUCAGUGUCCCUACAGCUGCCGGCGCUGCCUCAAUGUUUCAGCUACCCAUCUUGAAUUUCAGCCCCCAGCAAGUGGCCGGGGUAUGUGAGACGCUGGAGGAGAGCGGCGAUGUAGAGCGCUUGGGUCGCUUCCUGUGGUCGCUGCCCGUGGCCCCUGCGGCCUGUGAAGCCCUCAACAAGAACGAGUCGGUGCUGCGCGCGAGAGCCAUCGUGGCCUUUCACGGUGGCAACUACCGCGAGCUUUACCAUAUCCUGGAAAACCACAAGUUCACCAAGGAGUCACACGCUAAGCUGCAGGCACUAUGGCUUGAAGCGCACUACCAGGAGGCGGAGAAGCUGCGUGGACGGCCGCUGGGGCCAGUGGACAAGUAUCGCGUAAGGAAGAAGUUCCCGCUGCCGCGUACCAUUUGGGAUGGCGAACAGAAGACACAUUGCUUCAAGGAGCGCACGCGGCACCUGCUCCGAGAGUGGUAUCUGCAGGACCCAUAUCCCAACCCCAGCAAAAAGCGCGAGCUCGCCCAGGCAACCGGACUGACCCCCACGCAGGUGGGCAACUGGUUCAAAAACCGCCGACAAAGGGACCGGGCGGCUGCAGCCAAGAACAGACUACAGCAGCAGGUUCUGUCGCAAGGCUCCGGGCGGGCUCUACGGGCCGAGGGCGAGGGCACCCCGGAGGUGUUGGGUGUCUCCACCAGUCCGGCCGCUAGUCUAUCCAGCAAGGCGGCCACUUCGGCUAUCUCCAUCACAUCCAGCGACAGUGAAUGCGACAUCUAA